AUGUUCAGCAAGCAAGACCAGCGACUAGUCUACACCUAUGAUGCGGAGCAAUUAUGGGUUGAGCCAUGGGGUCCGGACGCGCUGCGUGUUCGAGCGACGAAGCAAGCAGAGAUGCCGGUAGACAAUUGGGCUUUGCAAAUAGAAGUCGAGCCGCAAUCCGCAGCGACGAUUACGAUCGAUGAAAAGCAAGCGACGAUCGUCAAUGGUGUGAUCAGAGCAAUGAUCAGUGCUGCCGGCAAGCUUACAAUAUACAACAAUAUCACAAACAAGUUGCUUCUAGAGGAAUAUGCUCGCAAUCGCAAUGACCUCCUGGACCCCAAAUGCAGCUCUUUGGCCAUUGAGGCUCGAGAAUUUGCACCCAUCCUUGGUGGAGACUACAAACUCACCCAGCGAUUUGAGUCUUUGGAUCGCAACGAGAAGAUCUUCGGCAUGGGUCAGUAUCAACAGCCAAACCUGGAUUUGAAAGGCCUGGAUCUUGAGCUUGCACAUCGCAACUCGCAAUCCAGUGUGCCUUUUGCAAUCUCCUCGCGCGGAUACGGGUUUUUAUGGAACAACCCGGCUGUUGGCCGGGCGACUUUUGGGAAGCAUGUCAUGAGCUUCGAAGCCUAUUAUACAAAAGCGCUAGACUACUGGGUGGUCGCAUCAGACUCCGGGCCUGCUGCUAUCGUUGAGGCUUAUGCAUCUGUGACCGGAAAAGUGCCGAUGAUGCCUGAACACGGUUUAGGAUUUUGGCAAUGCAAACUGCGGUAUCAAACGCAAGAAGAACUCCUAGAAGUUGCAAGGGAAUACCGCCGUCGGGAUUUACCAAUUGAUCUAAUUGUCAUAGACUUCUUCCACUGGCCAUUGCAAGGGGAAUGGAAGUUUGACCCCACGUACUGGCCUGACCCAGGUGAGUGCCCUGCUCUUGAGAGAGUUCUUUUUAUAUCUCAGGUCCUGACGUUUAUGAAAGAUGCAAUGAUACGCGAGCUUAAGGAUCUUAAGAUUGAACUGAUGGUGUCCAUCUGGCCGACAGUUGACAAGCGUAGCGAGAACUAUGAAGAUAUGGUAGCCAAAGGUCUGUUAGUUCGCACAGAUCGGGGCAUUCGUACGACCAUGAACUUGGAAGGAGAGACUGUUCAUUACGAUGCAACAAAUCCGCGAGCGCGGGAUUAUGUCUGGAACAAGUCCAAAAGAAAUUAUUAUGAUAAGGGAAUCCGUGUCUUCUGGUUGGACGAGGCCGAGCCCGAGUAUAACGUGUAUGAUUUUGACAAUUAUCGCUAUCAUCUCGGUCCUAAUGUUGCAAUCGGCAAUAUAUAUCCGCUAUGCUAUGCGCAGACGUUUUAUGAUGGUAUGACCGCCGCUGGGCAGAAUAACGUGGUCAACUUACUUCGCUGUGCAUGGGCUGGUUCCCAACGCUAUGGUGCACUAGUAUGGAGUGGUGAUAUUGCGUCGUCCUGGAUUUCAUAUCGAAACCAACUCGUGGCAGGAUUAAAUAUGGGGCUGGCAGGGAUCCCCUGGUGGACAACAGACAUCGGCGGUUUUCAUGGAGGUGAUCCUAAUGAUGAGAGGUUCCGGGAGCUUUUUGUCCGCUGGUUUCAAUGGGGCACGUUCUGCCCCGUCAUGCGUCUCCAUGGUGACCGUGAGCCCCGGCAGCCUCAAGUUGGCAACACUGGUGGUGCAACUUUAUGUUCCGGUGCGGCAAAUGAGGUCUGGUCAUACGGCGAUACCGUGUAUAAGAUCUGUGUGAAGUAUAUGCGCAUUCGCGAAAAGCUCCGCGACUACACGCGCUCGCUCAUGAAAGCGGCGCAUGAGGAAGGAACACCAAUCAUACGCCCAUGUUUCUAUGAUUUCCCACAGGAUGCUACUUCGUGGGAACUUGAAGAUCAGUAUAUGUAUGGGCCAAAAUAUCUUGUGGCUCCAGUCUUGAACCCAGGUCAAGAAACCCGGACGAUUUAUUUGCCUCCGGGGACCUGGACCUUAUUUGAGAACGGUGAGACGUUUGAAGGUGGAAGAAAUGUAGAGGUUAGUUGCAACCUAGACACUAUUCCGGUGUUGGUGCGGGAAUAG